AUGGAUACAAAAUCACCGCAGCUUCAAUCUUUUAAACUUUCACCACGACCAGCAGUAAAACACAGGUCACCGAAAGCCGAGCACUUCACUAGUCCUGGAGUUCAGAUCAUGGAUAGUCACGAGCAUCUUCAAGAGUGUGGGAGAAAUGAAUUGAUCAACAAUAGCUUCGUAGAUCCAUGGUAUGAAUUGGACAGUGAGGAUCUUGAUUCUCUUUACGCUGUAUUUGACGACAAACAUCAUAAGAAUACAUCAGACAAACAAGUUGAGUUAUUGGAAGAUCAGCGACAAAACAUUUCAGAUCAUUGGACACAAAUUGAUGAUUCUUCCAAUAUGGUCUUGCAAGUGACCCCCGAAGCAUCUAAUGGCAUUCAGCCUCAGGUGCCAAGGCUUGGCGGUUUCCAUGACGAGAAAACAAAUUCCAUUUCUUUAGCAUCUUUGGAGCUCUUGAACAAUUGUGGGAGGUUGUUCAAGAAAUCAAGCGAGGAAAACUUGAGCAACGUAUGCAGGAACGAAGCUCGUGUAAGUAACAUACCUAAGUUGUCAACAGAAGAAAUCUUGCGAAUUGCUGGAGAAAGAUACAUCCAGUACUCCACCCACAAGGUAGACGGUCUUUCCAUGUUUAUACAUCCGUAUGCUUCAUCACUUACGGGACUUUCCAUAGAACAAACAAAGGACAUGGAACUUGUUCACCUCCUUUUAGCUGCCGCGGAAGAAGUGGAUCAGCAGCAAUUUCAUUUGGCUAGCCAAUCUAUUGCGCGCUGCCUGUGGAAGGCAUCUGCUACAGGUAAUCCGAUCCAGAGACUUUGUUUCUAUUUUGGUGAAGCUUUACAAGAAAGGAUUGAUCACAAAAUAGGAAGGUCCCCAAGUUUCGAAAGAAAAUUAAGGUUUUUAAGCACUCUGGCGUUAGGUACUACACCUGAAGCGUUAACCUGCCACACGGAAAUUCCCUUCAGUCAAGUAAUGCAAUUCGCAGGAAUUCAGGCGAUAGUUGAAAAUGUUAAAGGUGCAACCAAGAUUCAUUUGGUUGACUUUAAUAUCAGAAGUGGAAUUCAGUGUACGGGCUUGAUGCAAGCUCUUGCAGAACAACGCGACCGUCCAAUUGAGCUUUUGAAGAUAACAGCCAUUGGACACCAAGAAAAAGAGGAGAUUGAAGAAACAGGCAAGAGAUUACAAAGUUUUGCCAAUUCCUUGAAUCUUCCGUUUUCAUUUGCUAUGGUCUUUAUGUCCGACAUGAAAGAUCUCACGGCAGAAUCAGUCAAUGUUAAAGAAGAUGAAAUCGUGGCUGUCUAUUGUUACACUGUACUAAGGACAAUGAUCUGCAGGCAAGAUAAUUUGGACAACACGAUGCGAGUAAUCAGAGGACUAAGACCAGCUGUGGUGGUUGUUUGUGAAAUUGAAGCGAACCAUAAUUCACCUUCAUUUUUGAACCGUUUUGUAGAGGCAAUUUUCUUUUAUAGUGUUCUUUUUGAUUGCUUCGAGGACUGCAUGGAUAGAGACAAUUUGGUCAGAAAGAGGAUUGAAGUAUACCACAUCGGUGAAGGUAUCCGGAAUAUGGUUGCAGCUGAGGGUGCAGAAAGGUUCACCCGGAAUGUGAAGCUUGAUGUAUGGAGAGCAUACUUUGCAAGGUUUGGAAUGGUGGAAAUGGAGGUCAGUGAGUCAUCUCGGUAUCAAGCAAAACUGAUUCUCGAGCAAUUUUCUCAUGGCAGUUCCUGCAUUGUUCAAAAUGGCGGGAAGGCUCUCCUAGUUGGAUGGAAGGGAACACCCAUUAAAUCUGUUUCUAUUUGGAAGUUCUAGUGAGAAUUUACAUAACCGAUCCUAACGGAAUAAACUAGGAAAUGCAGAAACACCAAUUUGAACAAUUCAACGAAAUUUGAGUUAUGAACAAUGUAUCUGUCA